AUGUCUGCCAUCCGUAACAUCAAGGCUCUUGCCCCCCUCUUGGACCGUGUCCUGAUCCAGCGCGUCAAGGCCGAGGCCAAGACCGCCUCCGGUAUCUUCCUCCCUGAGAGCAGUGUCAAGGAGCUCAACGAGGCCAAGGUCCUCGCUGUUGGCCCCGGUGCCUUCGACAAGGAUGGCAAGCGUCUCCCCAUGGGCUGCGCCGCUGGCGACAAGGUCCUGAUUCCCAUGUUCGGUGGUAGCCCCAUCAAGAUCGGCGAGGAGGAGUACACCCUGUUCCGUGACUCUGAGAUCCUUGCCAAGAUCAACGAGCUUUAA